CUUGAAACUAGAAGAACAAAACCUAACAAGAUGUCUGGACGUGGAAAGACCGGCGGCAAAGCCAGAGCUAAGGCCAAGACCCGCUCAUCCCGUGCGGGGCUCCAGUUCCCAGUGGGCCGUGUUCACAGGCUGCUGAGGAAAGGAAACUACGCCGAGCGCGUCGGCGCCGGAGCUCCAGUCUAUCUGGCGGCGGUGCUCGAGUAUCUGACCGCUGAGAUCCUGGAGCUGGCUGGAAACGCUGCCCGCGAUAACAAGAAGACCAGGAUCAUCCCCCGUCACCUGCAGCUGGCCGUCCGUAACGACGAGGAGCUCAACAAGCUGCUGGGUGGAGUCACCAUCGCUCAGGGUGGUGUUCUCCCCAACAUCCAGGCUGUCCUGCUGCCCAAGAAAACCGAGAAAGCAGCCAAGGCCAAGUAAACCGUUACAGUUUCAAAACUAC